UUUCAAUUGCGACUCCUCGAGUUUAUCUCGCAAUCGGAAUUUGGAGCCAAACUCGGGAUUUUGGGACCUCGACGUCUCUAUAAUCUCGAUUUUGUUCCCGAGCUUCGAAUUUUUUUCCGGCAAUGUCGAUUCGUAUCGGAUCCACCCUCGUCGCUGUCAAUUUCAGGAACUCGACGAAUUUGUCGCGAAAUCAACCUCGUAGCUGCAGGUUCUCCGUCCGGAGUUGUUUGUCCGAUUCUGACCAGCGCAAGCUAGUGUUUGAAGUCAAAAAAAGGCUUGCAAGAGAUUAUAGUAUUCUCCCUCUUGGCAUGAAUGGAAGAGAUGAUGAGGAAAUGAUCCUCUGGUUUUUGAAGGACCGUAGAUUCUCAGUCGAGGAAGCCAUUGGAAAACUCUCUAAAGCUAUUAGAUGGCGCCAAGAGUUCAAGGUGUCUGAACUGUCUGAAGAUUCUGUCAAGAUCGCUGCCGAGACAGGGAAAGCUUACGUGCAUGAUUCUCUAGACACGAGGGGCCGACCAGUACUUACUGUAGUUGCCGCGAAGCACAUUCCCGGGCUACUUGAUCGUAUCGAGGACGAAAAGCUGUGUGUAUUCUUGCUUGAAAAAGCUUUAAGCAAGCUACCAGCCGGGCAAGACAAAAUACUUGGUCUGUUUGAUCUUCGUGGAUAUGGUGCCGAGAAUGCAGAUAUCAAGUUCUUGACUUUUUUGUUUGAUGUGUUUUACUGUUACUAUCCGAGCCGGUUGGAUGAAGUCCUGUUUGUGGAUGCUCCGUUUGUGUUCAAGCCAAUCUGGCAGUUCGUCAAGCCAUUGGUGAAAAGAUACGCCUCUCUCGUGAAGUUCUGCUCAUCCGAGACUGUGAGAAAGGAGUACUUCACUGAUGAAACCUUGCCGACAAGUUUCAAGAACUGAUGGGUUUGAGUCUUUACACUAAGGGUAAGGGGCUCUCAUGGAUCAUGCCAAGGUUGAACAUCAACAGAAAGAAGCCUGAGUCUAGAAAACAAACUCAAGAAACGUGACAGGGACCAACAGAACAGCAAAGCCUCCUAGAGUCAAGAAUCAAAAUGUGUUACCAACAAAAAAAAAAGAUUACAAUUACAGGGCAAACCCAA